AUGUUAAGUUUUUUUCGCUGGUUGUGCUUUUUGCACGCAAUACAAUCAGUCUCAAGCAGCAGGCCGUUUCGUCUGGGUCAAUGGCUUCCUGCCGACUGGAACGUCACUGACGAAUGGUUGGCCAACGUGAUCCACGAGUGUCAAUGUAAAUACAAAGAUAAGUUAGAAAUGCUGUUAACUCUUCAUCCACCAGCUGAAGACGACGAAACAGCUCUGUGUGUACUUCGAUCUACAGAUACUAAAAUUACAGAUAAACACCUCCGUCUCCAUAAACCGGUCGAAGAUUUGAAGAAUGCUAUUCUCACCGACCACGAGAUCUACAUGUUCUUUCAUCAAAUGUUCUGGCAACAGUAUCAACUCCCAAACUCUUCAGAAGGAAUAAAAAUUCCGUCCUGGCAAUUGAUGAUAAUAAUAAUCGACCACAUCAUGACAACAGCUCCAAUGUUUAACAAAACUGCAUUGGUUGGCUUUCCAAUCAAUGCUAUCUUGAACUGGCCGAUGGCUACCACCGCUGGAUUUGCUGCCUUCCUGAACGACAAAGUCAACAGGUUGUUCAAGAACAUUCUCAAUUAUUGGGGAGAGUUCCUGUCAACUCCGGAGUCUUGCUAUGUCUUGACUGACCAUCCUCGACAUGGUUGGUUUGGUGAGGAUGCAAUGGAAGCAAUGCCAAACUUUGUUGAGGAGUUUAAAUGCGAUCCAGAUGCCCCUCAUUAUGGUUUCAAGUCAUGGGAUGAUUUUUUCACUAGAGGGUUUCGUCCUGGAGUUCGUCCAGUAGAAUUUCCAGACGAUGAUUACAUUGUUGCAAACGCCUGUGAGUCGGCCCCUUACCAGAUAGCUACAUGUGUCAAAACGAGGGACUUCUUUUGGAUUAAGAGACAGCGGUACUCUUUGCAUUUUAUGCUGAACAAGAGUGACCUGGCCAAGAAAUUUCAUGGUGGAACCGUCUACCAAGGGUUUCUUAGCGCCACCAGCUAUCACCGGUGGCACAGUCCAGUGUCGGGUACAAUCUACAAAACAGAACUUGUUGAUGGUUCUUAUUACUCGCAGACCCAUAACAUUCAGGACGACCCCGCUUCACCCAACAUGUCUCAAGGAUACCUGGCCCAGGUAGCUGCCCGAGGGAUAAUCUACAUUUUGGCUGAUAAUCCUGAUGUUGGAUUGAUGUGUUUCGUAGCAAUCGGUAUGUCAGAAGUCUCUUCAAACGAAAUCACUGUUAAAGAGGGGGAAAAAGUCAAGAAGGGCGACCAGCUCGGAAUGUUCCACUAUGGUGGUUCCACGCACUGUCUAAUAUUUCGACCCGAAGUUAAAAUCGAGUUUGAUACUCGUGGUCAAACACCAGGUCUGGAUACCGACAAUAUUCCAGUUAGAGCUAAAAUUGCGACCAUUUAUCCAGCACAAGACAAGAACAAAAGAUUCUAA